AGUCCGCCCAAGCAGUGGUGUAGAGGUGACAGGACGCCUGGAUUCCUCAGUUUCCUUCUUUUUCCAUUCCUGGGCUGGAGGAAAUACCUGAAUAUGUGGAAUCCCAAAGCCGGGCAGCCAGGGCCAUAUCCACACCCCCCUAACGUCAGGUACCCUGGAGGUUGCAAUCCUACCCAUCCACCACCUGCCACCCCUACCUUUCCUCCAGACCCCUUUCCCACUCCCCCAGGAGCACCCCAGGGGAAUCCAGCCUUUCCCCCUGGUGGGCCCUGUCAUCCUGUGCCACAACCAGGGUAUCCAGGAUGCCAACCCUCAGGUCCCUACCCCCCUCCAUACCCACCACCUGCCCCUGGCAUAUGUCCUGUGAAUACAUUGGCUCCUGGCAUGGUAGGACCAGGAAUGGUGAUUGACAAGAUGCAAAAGAAAAUGAAAAAAGCUCAUAAAAAGAAGCAGAAACACCACAAACAUGGCAAGCAUUCCUCCUCCUCCUCCUGCUCUUCCAGCAGUGACUCUGACUGAAUACAGGGCCUGGACCCUUCCCUCAAGUCUCUCCAGUUCUGCUCUCCCAUCAAGCUUCAGAUGCCAUCUUGUACUGGGGGAAAUUAGCCCUUGUGUCCCUCCCCCCACCCCCCGCCACCCCUGCAAUCUAAGCCUCACUCUGCUGUUCAACCCUAACUGGCUAGGGAAAAUGGGAAAAGAAUUGCCAUGGGCUAGCAAAGGCCGUCUUCCCACUGCUUGGAUAGAACUUUUAGCUGGUGAAUUUUGCAGG